CUGGAUGAUAGGAGUCGAUACUCGUAGUGUGUAAUAUAUAAUAGCAUGCCUCCAGCAAUAGCUCACGGCAUUAUGUGCAAGGGGUGGGGUGCUCUGCCUCACUGCACGUGCAGCCUUUCGAGGCUUUGUGGCUAUUUAUCUCCACAUGUGACUUGACGAAUUGUUGCUAUUUUUGCUGCAUGCGGCGUCCUUUCUUCGACCCUCUUCAGGCUUGCCAAGUGCGCCACGCGAGGCUAGACGGUUGCUGGUGUGGAUGGGUACAUAAACGGCAUCUGGGCGCUUCAACACACGGCGCUUAGAUAGUAGACCUAUGACAGUGCGGGUGAUGUAGAUGAGGCCGAGAGGGGCCUGGCCAUAGACCAUAGAUGAGAUAGGAGGUCCUGGAAGGAGGCCGCAUAACGGGCAUCAGCACUGAGGUCCGAAUUGGAGAGGCUCGUGCAAGGAUGAGCCUGAAGAGGGGUUGCUUGUGGUUGAGCAGGCUGGUGGUGAAGCUUACCUUGAUUGCACCGCUCAGUCGCUUGUUCUGCGUGAAGCCAGUGGAGACUGACCACGCUGCUGGUCGAACAACAUCACCAAUACUGCUGCGAUUGAAGAGCCCCCGUGCCAGACCCUCGCUCUCUCCCCACGGUCACUCGCGGUUUGAAUCGUCCCGCCGCCGAUGCUCCCGGGCGGCCUUAGCGAACGCGCCGAGCACCUUGCACAUCGACCUCUCCUCCCCUGGCAUGCAAGCAAAGGGCCGGAAGCCACACCGCGCCGCUCCCCGUUCCUGCUGGCCCCUCUGUACAGUUCGGAUGCUAACCCCACCUGCUUCUUCCCAGUCCACCACUCGAGCACGAGAGCUUGAGCUCAUGUAUCAGGCCAGGCGCGGCCAUGCUCCGCAAAUCUCCAUCAGCGACGACAAUCACCAUGUCACCGAGGCCAUCGGCGAUCUGUACGGCGAUGAGGAUGACUACCUGCCCAAGCGCGACUCGCGUCCGCUGAGCUUCAUAUCCUCUCCCCUCGGCGAGUCCCUCGAGACCGCUCCCCCUUCAUUCGACGCUGCCCGCAGCUCUCCACCGCGAUCCCCGCUCAGCCGCACACAAUCGAACGAGAGGACUCCCCCAGCGCAGGUCAAUGGAAGGCCCAAGAUGCUGUCCACCCGCACCUCCUCGUUUGGACGCGAGAACGACCCCAGCCCGCUCUCACCACCCCCUCUAAGCCGGACCAACUCGGACACCGCCAACCAACAGUUCCCCCUAAAUGACAUAGAUUACGAGUCGAGUCCGGCCGCGGUGGCACAGGAGCUGAGUAAUUUACAAGCGAUUCGGCGGAUGUCAAUGGACGUGAAUGCUUCGGACCCCGAUCUUCCCUCGUUCUCCUCUGGUUUCAGCGUUCCAUCAGUUGCACCCGCCAACUUCACCGACGAUGAAGACCCAUCGAAGUUAUUUUGGGUUCCUGCAAGGCUACAUCCUGAGUUGGCCCCGAAGGAGUUCAAGACAUUUAUUGAGGAAAAAGUCGAUAAAAUAAGGCGGAGGUCUGGUGGAGAGGAUUCGCUGUCUCCAGAUGGUGUAGGCCGUUCUGGAUCAGGGUCAGGGUCAGGAUCUUUGAAAAGAAAGAAGUCGAUGCUGUCGCGGCAGAUUGAAGGGCCAAAUAAUUACCGGGAUGGGGCGGAUAGAUUGGAGAGAAAAAGAUCUGAGAGGAUACAGGGCGAAGGAAGCACGCCUUUGGCCGAUUUGCAGGAGCUGGAACAUCUGGUCGAGGAUCCAAGCUCGAUGAUGCGCCGAAUGAGCAUUGACUCAGCAGCUCGUACAUCUACCGACUCGGGUAUUGAGCUCACGAGCGAGGACAUGCCGAUAUUGCCACCAAAGUCAGCUGGCCAGCCAACAUUGAAGAGAUCGACAAGAACAAACUAUCGACGUGGAAGUCUUCGAAAGGGGGAAAGGGUGCCAUUCUCUAGACGGAUGGCUGGACGACAGUCAGAAACUGAUACGGAAGAGUCACCAGUAUCUUCUCCAACGCACAACAAACACCCAGACCUGCCUACUAUAGGACUCACCAGAGUUCAAACAGAGCCAAUACAUCUGCGGCCAGAAACUGUGGAGAACUUUUCACGCCCUGGCCGGAAACGAUCGCCUCCCAUAACACCACCUCUACGGAAAUCUUCUGAAGAUCAACCAUUUCAGCAACCUCUCAUCACGAAAUCCAUACCCGAGCAAGAACCAGAGCCGCAAUCAAGAAAGUCCCUCCCAGCCAAAUCUUUCCACUCCCGCAUUGCGUCAAAUGGCCGUACCACAGCACCGCUACCUGGCUACACACCUCAGUCCGUUCCUCAAAUUAUCGAAACGCCGCCUCCGCCCCAGGAACCGCAAAGGUCGUCGUCCUUGCAAUUACCAGAAAGGAGUUCCUCCCGUGAAGCUCAUCAGCCUCGCCCUAUUCAAUCUCAAGCGCCGCCGCCUCGUCAACCACCUCCACCGAGACAGCAACCUGCAAGGCCUCCUAUGCAUCGCACAGGAACCCCUCCUAUCAAGACCGACAACCGCACAAUUGAGGACAUGGCCUCACAUCCCUCUCCCCUGCCCGGAAACCAAAGCACACGCACCGAUUCGUUAUCCUUCAUCCCGACGUUUUCUGAUGAAAAAGAGAAGAAGUCUGACAAGAAAUCGAGAGAUAAGAAGGACGCCGAAGGUGGAUCGAGGAAGACGAGUUGGGGAUGGCUAUUAGGAGGCGAAGAUAAGCAGAAGGAGAGAGAACGGGAACAGAAAGAGAAGGAAGAAAAGGAGGCUGCAAAAAAGGCCAAGAUCAAAGCUAGCAAGGUAGUGGACAAGUCUCAUGAUAAUACCCGACUCGAUGUACUCCAGUCUUCGAUCGACGGAUCGAAGGGAAGGGAAAGUAUUGUUAUCGACCGAGAAAGUCUCAAGCUAGAGGAAGAACGGAAAAAGGAGAGCACGCGGAAAUCUGGAGGCGAAACUAAGAAAGAGAAAAGUGGAAUUUUCUCUUCGUUGUUUGGUGGUGAGAAAAAGAAAACCGAGAAAGAAACAUCACACAAGAAGGGGAGCUCGAUGCGUGGUCUCUCGCCAGAACCACCGCCACGGAUACUCAAGCCCGACAUCGACUACAACUGGACGCGAUUCUCGAUCAUGGAGGAGCGUGCUAUCUACCGGAUGGCGCACAUCAAGCUUGCCAAUCCUCGCCGCGAACUCUACUCACAGGUCCUGCUCAGCAACUUCAUGUACUCGUACCUUGCCAAGGUCCAGCAGAUGCACCCACAGAUGCAGAUUGGACAAAAGCAGCAGCAACGGCAAGCUCAGCAGCAGAAGAAGGACCAGCCUGAGGAGUUUUCACAGUAUCAGCGGUAUCAACAACAGCAAGACCAAGCGGAAAACAAAAAGGCUCCAGGCGCUCAAGAGGAUCAAGGCAACCAGGAGGUCCCCGAACACGAUAGCCAUGGCCAAGCUAGGCCCGACUCCCGCGCAUCACAACAUACCCAACGCUCUCAGCAAUCUCAACACUCCCAGCACUCUCAGCACUCUCAACACUCUCAGCAAGCCGCCCAGCAAUCCCACAGCAAUUCAAACGGAAAUUCUUACAGCGUCUCUAGCGGGCAGGACUAUCUCGGUCAACCGCGCAACACCCCGCAAAGCAAGUCACCACCUCCGUCACAAACGCCGUAUUACGGUGACGGCAUGUUCGACGACGAGUCACCCUCGGAAGAGAACAAAAUGUGGUGACCCUAGUGGUCUAGUCAGUUAGGUGGUAUAAUAUCUAACUCUAAUAAAUCAAUCAAAUCAAAUUAUCUUCUACAUUACAACAGAGACAGCUCUCAUGUUCCCUUCCUCCAAGACCGAAUAUGUAAAUGGCUCUUCUUCUUGGUCCUCUUUCCUUUCCUCUAGUUCUUGUUUCCAAGUGCUCAGAAACUCGUAUCGUGUGCUUAGGACGGAUAAGGCGUAUUUUUGGAAGCAAGCUCGUUUGGGGCGGGGACACAUACGCACUCAUGAAUGCAUAGCGAGCGCUACUUUUUCCUUUUACUAGGGCUUUUACGUCUUCUUGUGUGCCCUUUGUGGGGAGCUGGCUGCUGAAGGCUGAUUUUUUCUUUUUUUCUUGAUGCUGUCGCUACUGCCCGGCUGUAGGCCCGGGACUUUGUUUCUCUGUACGAUAAUGUUUGGUUUUU